GUGAAUUCGCCCCCAAGAUUCCCGCCACACCAGCCAUUCUACGUCGCGCCCGCCCUCGCCGAAACUGCAUCCGCCCCAUGCAGAACAGGCACACGCGACGCACGUCGGCAGCAGGUUUGAGCGACCUCAUGGAUCAUCCUCCUCGGUAGCAACUGGAACAUCGAGUCGCACACCCACCCGGCCCACCUGUGCCUGUGCCUGUGCCUGUGCCUGCUGCGAGAUGGCGCCGACCAGCGCGGCCAUCGCUGGCUUGUUGAAGCAGACCGUUUACUACCAUCUCGACAGCCUCUCCUACCGGAACGCCCUCUUCUUCGCCGAAAGGUUGCAUGCCCACGACCAGCGCUCGCCCGAGUCCACCUUCCUUCUCGGCCUCUCCUAUCUUCACCUCGGCGACCCGCGGUCUGCAUACGAAGUCAGCAAGUUGCCGGGGUGUCGGGGAAUCCAUCUGGGCUGCUCUUUCGUCUUUGCACAAGCCUGUCUAGACCUGGAACGGUACAAGGAUGGGAUUGCGGCGUUAGAGAAGGCCCGGCCGUUGUGGGCAGCCAAGGGCAACACCAUCGGGAGGCACACGACCUCGACGCGGGCGCCAUACCCCGAUGCGGCCGCAGUGAGCUGCCUCCUCGGCAAGCUAUACCGAGGAUACGAAGACAAGAAGCGCGCGGUUUCCUGUUUCGAGGAUGCCCUAAGAGCCAACCCCUUCAUGUGGGACGCCUUCACCAUCCUUUGCGACAUGGGCGUCAACGUUGUGGUGCCCAACAUAUUCAAGCUCAAUGACAGUUUUGCUCGCAGUUUCGACCAGGACCCCGGCGCGAUCAGCAUCGACUCGAGCGGCGGGCCUCCAGACCCCCUGCAAAGGAAGAUUGGCGUCCAAGGUGUCAGUCACGACGGCCACCCGUUUGAGGGACACCGCUCGACAGCCUUUCAAGACGUUUCAAGCAACAAUAUGCUAUUUGUCGACCCUGCCGAGAACGAUGUGGCGUCGAGGCUAACUGCUGGCCAUAUUACCACAAGAUAUGCGGCAAACAAGCACGGGCUCGAGGGUAUGGAGACCCCAACCAGCUCUGUUAGCGGCGCCGAGGCUCCGCCGCCUCGCGCGGGCUUUCCUCCCGAACCACCAUUAGCGCCUAGCCGACGGACUCGGGCGGCUCAGGCAACAGAACCCACCUUCCUCGACGCCCCACCAAAGAUGAGUUACCGGUUAGGCUCCCGAAGGAGGGACAGGACUCAAGAUCAGAUGGGCGAGCCUCCAGAACCGCCACCACCCACGCGCGGGCCUGUCCUUACCCAGCCGUCCGUCACAGAAAGGAAGCGCACCGCGUCAGGACACCCCGUUCAGCCGCGCCCGAUCAACGGCGAGGAGCCGAGGAGGAGCGCUAGGCUGAACGUGGCCCCGAGAACAACGUCGAGGACCAAUGCCAACGUUCCCACGGCUGGCACAACCGUUACCCGCGAGCUGAAGAAGGCCAGGCCCCCGAUAUCGAGGAUUGGGCGCCCUGGUUCUAGCGGAACCGGCGUCGGCAGGGUUGUGAGCGGAAAUCGGAAGCCCACGGAGGAGAACAGUAUGGAUGUUGACGAGGCCCCGCGGGUCAAGGACCUGCCCACGGCGCAAGUCCCUCCACCGAAGCCGGCCGAGCCCGAGUUGCUCAGGGCAGAUGAGGGGUUGAAAUGGAUACUAGAUUUCCUGAAAAAGAUGGCAUCUGGGUAUCGCCUCUCAUCGCAGUUCCAGUGCCAGGAAGCGCUGGCUGCUUUCUCCUCACUCCCCCGGAUCCACCAGGACACGCCCUGGGUGUUGGCGCGGAUGGCGAGAGCCCACUAUGAAUUGGCUAACUAUGCGGACGCCGAAAAGUUCUUCAGGCGCCUACGCGCGCUCGCCCCGACACGGCACGAGGACAUGGAGUUCUACUCGACCGUUCUCUGGCAGCUUAGGAAGGGGACGGAACUCUCGUUCCUUGCGCACGAGCUGACCGACAUGGACUGGGACUCGCCACAAGCCUGGUGCGUGAUGGGGAAUGCGUUCUCCCUGGACUGCGAUCACGAGCAGGCGCUGCAGUGCUUCAAGCGAGCCAUUCAUCUUCAGCCCAAGUCCGCAUACGCCCAUACCCUGCAGGGGCACGAGCACGUGGAAAACGAAGAGUACGACAAGGCCCUUGUGUCAUACCGACGUGCCAUCGCUGCAGACAAGCGGCACUACAACGCCUAUUACGGCAUCGGAAAAGUCUACGAGAAACUCGGCAACUACGAUAAGGCGCUGAGCCAUUAUCACGCGGCGCUUGUGAUCCACCCGGCCCAUGCCGUGCUGAUUUGCUGCCUGGGUACGGUGUUGCAGAGACAGAAACAGAUUGUUCAAGCUCUUCCUUACUUCACCAAGGCCGUCGAGCUAGCGCCUCGAGCACCGGAGAUGCGGAGUAAGAGGGCCGGGGCACUGCUAGCCACCGGCCAGCUGGAGGAAGCGAAGAGGGAGCUGAUGAUUCUGAGGGACGUUGCGCCGAAUAAUGCCCAGGUUCACUUCCUGCUAGCCAAGCUCGCCAAGACUGUGGGUGAUAAGAGGACCGCCGUGCGUCACUUCACCAUAGCCCUGAGUUUGGAUCCAAAGGCGAGCGGGGAAAUCAAGAACGAAAUUGGGGGACUGGAAGACGAAGAGCAUUUGGACGACACCAUGAUUCACUGAUGCCCAUGAUUAUAUGGCCGUCUUUUAAUGACGUUAUACCUUGGACCCACGACUCUCCCUACGACCACGAGCGGACCACAGACGGGGCUGGCAUUCAGUUUGUGCUCAGAGGCGUUGUGACAGUCUCGGCGCGUUCGGAAGGAGUUUAGAGGUUGUCCAGACGCGCUUCUUUGGGCCUGGGUGGUUCAUCUUCUUCACAGAGCAAGGGCAGCAUUCUUAUAGCAUGCGUAGGCAGAGGCGUUCCUAGGAAGCAUCAAGCAUGCUCUACAUCGUAU